UUCGCCAACAACGCCCCCUUUGUUCGAACCCCCGCCGAGGCCGUCCGCCAGAGCGGCGCAGGCAGUCGACGACGGUCCAUGUUUCAGCACUGCUUUGCGUGUUGCAGGAUGCCGCCGCCGGGCGUUGCGCCGACCUACUCGGGCCGCCCACACCCACCCACCUGCUGCUGCGAUUAGGGCGGCCAGGAUGCCGCCGGCCGCGCUGCUGCUGGCGCUGGCGGCGCUCGCCGUCGCGGUGGUGUCCGCUGCUGGCGCCCCGGGGCCGAGCGGCACGUUCAGAAAGUGCUGCCCCGCCGGCCAGCAGCUGUCCCUUGACCUGCGCACCUGCACGCCGCUGCGGACGCGCGCGCGCCCCGCCGACACCGUCUACUCCACCGACGUCCAGGACGAGGCCCGGGACGGGGCCCGGGACGGCAGGGUGCGGCGCGGUGUCGAGGACUGGGGCUGGCUGCCGGAGGACACCGUCAUCAUGGACUCGACCAGCAUGGAGGUGGUGACGCUGGACGACCUGCGUCGGGCGGCACGGGACGCGGGCCGGCCGCCGUCCAGACAGGUGGCCGUGCCCCGCGUGGAGCUGGCCGCGCCGCCGCCGUGCCCGCCGCACGACACCGAGCUCCUCUUCUGGGACGACGACGUGCAGCUCUACUCCAACGGCUCGCUGCUCGUCAACCAGUUCCGGCCGGACCUCUUCCGAGCGCCGCACCUGGGAGUGGAUGUGACUGGGGACGAGGGCGAGCGCACCUUCCUCUUCCCGGCGGGCACCUUCUGCAUGGACCGGCUCACCACCAUCCCCAUCGUGGCCCUGGAGGAGGACGAGGACGUGGAGGCGGGCGUGGAGGACGCCGUCGAGGACGAGAGGGCGGGGCGGAGCGCGAUGGCCAACUCCACGGAGACGAACACCCAGGCCCCGGAGAGUGCGGAUGACGAGGACGACAGCACCUACUUCGUGAUCCUGCUGUGCCCGUGCGCCGCCCAGGGUGCGUCCUGCGUACGCAAGUGCUGCCACCCGCGGUCCGUCCUCGUGGUGGACGCCCAGGGCGACACAGGCUGCAGCACUGACCCACUGGCCGUCAGCUUCCUCGAGCAGCACAAGGCGCUCUUCGAGGUCGACAAGCAGAGGCUGCGGCUGCGGCAGCAGGACCACGGCGACGUGGCCUCGGCGGCGCUGUACAACAUGGGGCGCGCGCAGGAGGCGCGGCGGGAGUGGGGGCCCAGCAAGCACCGGCCCUCGGGGCAGGCCGAGGAAAACGACGUGUUCCUGCUGCACGGCCUGCCGCACUGCUCCAACCCGCUGAACCGCCGCUUCCUGCUCAACUCCAAGGCGCUCUUCAACUCGUCGGAGGCGGCCCAGUUCUGGAUCCUGGCCGACGGCUCCGCCGUGGUGGACGGCUUCGGCGCGGACAACACGCUCCCGGCGGGCUCCUUCUGCGGUGAGGUGGCCCUGGACAACGAGACGGGCCUGCGCGCCGCCAACCUGCUCGUGUGCGCGGACCCGGACGUCCUGUCCACACCCUUCUGGCAGCGCACGCUGUACGGCGUGCUCGCCGCCACCGGCGCCGUGUUCCUGGCCGCCACCCUGCUGGUGCACGCGUGCCUGCCCGAGCUGCGCCGCAGCCUGCACUCGAGCAACCUCAUGGCCCACACCGGGUCGCUGCUCCUCGCCUACCUCGCCCUGAGCGUGAACGCGCUCUCCAGCCCGGCGCCGUCGCAGGUCUCCUGCCUCGUCCUCGCGUUCGUCCUACAGUUCUCGUUCCUGGCGGCCUUCUUCUGGCUCAACGUCAUGUGCAUCGACAUCUCCUGGGCGUUUAGCGGUCUGCGCCUCCCCCAGGGCAGCGCGGCCGAACGCGACCGGAAGAAGUUCUUCUGGUACUCGCUGUACGCGUGGGGCAGCACGGCGGCCAUCACCCUCACCACCGUGGCGCUCAACUUCCUCCCCGCCUCGCACGCUCUGCACCCGCAGAUAGGCGUCGUCAACUGCUGGUUUAAAGAGACGACCGCCGUGCUGCUGUACUUCUACGGGCCGAUGGCGUUCCUGCUGCUGGCCAACCUCGUGCUGUUCGUGUACACUGCGGCGCGCAUCCUGGCCGUGCGCAAGGACACCGCCAUCCUGCACAAGUCGGACCACUCGCAGCGGCACACCGGCGCCGAAACACAGAGGCUGGUGCUCUACGUCAAGCUCUUCUGCCUCAUGGGCCUCACGUGGGUCACGGAGAUCAUCAGCUGGGCGGCGGGCGGCCGCGACUACUACUGGUACGCCACGGACGUCAUCAACCUCCUCCGGGCCGUCUUCAUCUUCAUCAUCUUCUGCUGCAAGAGAAAGGUACUGCAUCUGAUCAGGGAUCGCCUCGCCGGUGACGCUAGUGACCCCGGCGGCAGCAGGGGCGGGCGCAGCGGUGCGGGCCCCCGGGGCCGCGGCCGGGGCGCUGGCACCAUCACCAGCUCCCUCACGCUGCACCAGGACGCGCGCAGACUGCAACACACGUCGUCCCAAGACAGCAACAUGACCACGCUUACGUCCCCGUCCGCCACGCCUGAAGCCAUCGUUCUCAAUAUGCGCGUCUCGCCCAUCACCGGACACGCUCUGUCCUGAACUUAGCGUCGCCGUCCUCGCUCACUGGAGGAAACUUCACCACCUCCGCAGUUUUGUUUACUUGGUGUUGUUUGAUCUCGCUAUCGCCAUUUUGUUUAUUAUUUUUGACGGAAGUUGUUCGCGGUGCGCGCUCAGUAGGAUAGGCAGCAUCGCCGCACACAAGUGCGGCAUGUUGCCUACCCCGGGUGCUGCAGGUGCUCGCAGCCUGUUCGUUCCCACCACUCUUCUGGCGUUUACCUGAACGCUUUUCGAAAUACUGCUGUCAACACUCUGUGUCAUCCUUAUUCUAGUCCAUUUUUUUGUACACAACCUUUGUAGAUUUUGUGCUAGUUAGGUAAGCUCUAGAAAUAGAUUUAUUUGAAAUACAUGUGAUAUACUGA